CCCGUCUGGCAACAUGUACUGUACAUACAGAUUACAAAGUGAAAAAGAUGGCGGGUCCGCCCGCGCCGCGGCAUCCUGCUUCACUUCUCAUGCGCUCUGUCGCCAUACCUCUCUCUGUCCCCAGGUGCUGGUCGCUGGACGUCCUUUCGUUCCCAUCUAAUCUGCUUUACCUUCUCUCUCACCCGGCCUGAGGCAUGAGGUCAGGUCUUUUCUAUACCUUUUAGUGGCUGCGUGAACCUCGCCAGCAUGGAUCCCCUUUCCUCUCAUUCCCGUUCCCCUUCUUCUUCUCCUCCUUCAUCUUCCUGGCUCGCUUCCAUUGCCUCAUGUUGCGGCGGAUCCCGCAAGAAGACUCGAUCGAGCCACUCGGGUCAUGGAGCUGAGCCAGACGGUAUGUUCAUGCCCACCGGCGCCGAGAGGAACUUUGCCGUCUUGCGAGACCAGCCCGCCGCCAUCCCGCAGCCGUCGGCAGAGCCGGUGUGGCCGAGCGAGAGGACGUACGAAAAGACACUGGGGCGCGAGGCGUCGGAGAAAACGAAGCUGUGGAGGUCGGCAAGUCGAGAGAGCUCUGCGAGGAGGAACUUGUUCUCGAGGACUUUAUCACCAUCAGUCCGCCGGCUGCAGAUCUCGGGACCGACGGAUUUCCGUCACUUGCACUCCGAGUCAUUCCAGUUCCCACCACCGCCGCAAGAGUCUCGCCCACGUCCCAGCUCGUUCCGGCCGAUCGAGCUCAGCAUCUAUCGGCAGGAAAACCGCCUCUCCGCCAUCCUGCCGCACAUUGAGUGUAACAUCACGCCGCCGCCCCGGGCGUACACGGGAAACAGCUCGAAUUGGGAGGACAACAGCGGCAGCAGCACUACUCUGACGCAAGAGGCUACCUUGGCACAUGAACGGAGCCAUUCGGCCAUGUCUUUCCACCUCCCGCGGAAAUACAGCAGACAGAUAUCCGAGGCUAGUAUGAGCCCGCCAAGGAUACCGCCCAAGUCGAGAGCAAGAGCGGCCACGGCGCCGAACACGGAGCGCAUCGUCGAGCGGAUCGCCAGCGCCAUGAUCGAGAAGGAGCGGCUGCAAGCCGAGAUCAACUCGCUGGUCGAGCGCCAGAGCCUCUAUCUAAACAGCCGACCCUCCACCGGCUACGACGUGCGGGGGCUCGAGCCCAUGCCGUCGAUCCCGGCGCUGCCGGCAGCUGGGCGCUCCUUCGCCGAGCGCCUCAGCACAGAUGACCGCCCGCGCACCGCACCCUCGUACUCGCACAGCAUGGCGCCGCACGAGAAGACGCCGGAGCUCACCGCGUCUGCCCAGUCCUCUCCCCCGCAGCGACACGACCGCGUCACAACCCGCAACCGUUACGGCAGCCCCUCGACCAGCAGCGACGGCCGCGUGAUUACGGCCGACUUCCCGCUCGCGCCUCCCCUGCCGCUGGUCCUCCGACCGCCGCUCCGCAAGAAGAAGUCCUUCUCGCGCGUCUCCAACUGGCUCUUCAACCCCGACGACGCCGCCGCCUCCCCCACGGUCGCCGCCGCCGGCCACGCGACGACGUCCCCGCGCCCGGUCAAGGAGUCGGACGGGUUCUACCAGUGCGUCGCGCCGCCCGAGGGCCUGCCGCGCACCAGCAUGGACACGUCCUCGUCCGUGUACACGUGGGAGACGGGCGGCAACAGCGACGGCAACAGCAACGGCGACGGCGACGGGGCCAAGACGCUGCCGACGGCGACGACGGCCACCACCUGGUCGCCCGACCAGACGCCCAAGCAGGGGUGGUCUUCGUCGACGAGGCACACCACGCCCGUCCUCGGCGGGUCCGAGAGGGCCGGGCUCGGGUUCGACAAGGAGACGGGCGUCCCUUCGGGCGUGGGUGGGGGUGCGGGUGUUGCUGUGGACGGUGAGGAGGGGAACGGGCUGGGCGUUGAUGACGGUACGAAUGCGAACGGACACAGGCCGUUGAGCGUGGGUGUUGCGUUCUAAUCUUUCUUUGUGUGGGUGUGUAUGUGUGGGUGUGUAUGUGUGGGUGUGUAUGUGUGGGUGUGU